CCUACAGUACAUUUGAAAUGGCAGCUAUUGAAGUGGAAAAAGCUGCAGCUGUUGAGAUACUGGCUUCAGCUGAAGAAAAGGUUGUGGAAGCUCCCAAAAAACACCCACUCGAAAAUGCAUGGACUCUCUGGUUCUUCAAGGAAGAGAAAGAUAAGGAUUGGAUUGAAUGUUACAAGAAAGUAGCAUCGUUCACCACUGUUGAAGACUUUUGGGCACUCUAUAACUUCAUCAUGCCACCCUCCAAGCUUGCAGUGAAAUGUGAAUACUCUGUUUUCAAGGAGGGGAUAAGCCCUAUGUGGGAAGACCCACGGAAUUGUAAGGGUGGAAAAUGGCGCUACAACGUUCAGCAAAAGCACCAAGGCAGCCUUGAUGAUAAUUGGAAGGAAAUGUUGAUGAGCAUGGCUGGGGAACAAUUUGACGAGUAUUCAAAUGAGGUGAAUGGAGUAGUACUACAGCGACGAGCAAGGAACGACAGAUUAGCUAUAUGGGUAGCAGACACUAACAAUCUGAACUCAGUGCAGAGCAUCGGACUGAAGUUCAAGAACACCCUGGGGCUACCUUCUAACAUAAACAUCCAUUAUGAGUCCCACGCAGAUGCUCAGACCAAAGCAUCCAGUCACAAGUUCUCUCUGAAGCUAUGAUUCGAAAUAACUCCAAUUUAAUGUUGAUGUUGAUAAUUUUCUAUACAAUUUUAUCAUUGCACAGAGGGUAUUGUAAAAGAUAAAUUUGGUGAAAUUGUUUACCUCAAUUUAAUGUUAUUUGUUGACACGUCAUCUAAUGUUUGUAAGUUAUUUGAAACAUUUCCUUGUUUAAAAUGGAAUUAAAA